AAAUUCCUUGUUCAUUCAUUUUGGAAGAAGAUUCGUGUUUUAAUUCGCAUCUAAUUUUUACAUCGUCUUCAAUUCUACUUAAGCUUUCUUCAUUCAUAAUUUCAUAACCAUUUGACAAUUUUCAGCAGGGUCAUCGUGAGUUAUUUGUUUUUCGGCAAUCAGUCUGAGUAUUGACUGAUUGCCAAUUUUUUAUGAUGGGUCCAGAGAGUCAAGGGAGAACCCUAGAACAUAUUCAUGGAGUUCACGUGGUUCAACGUUCACCAUUUGAGUUAGAAGAAAUCUCUCAAACUGGGAACUUUCAACAGUCGACACUGCCGACACAUGGAAGGUUGACCCUAGGUGUUAAUCAGCUCUUAAAAGUGCAUACUGUCCAGAAAGUAUGGGAGCAGAGACCAUUGUGUUUGAGACCCAUUCAUGGAUGUUUACAUGGUGAUAGACAUCUUGGCGAGAGAAUUGCAAAUGUGCUUACUUCAAUUCCUUUCAUUGCUGUCGGGAUUCAAGCUCCAAGAAAGAAUCUGAACUCGAAGCUUUAUGCAAAUUCGUUAAUCGGGGUAGGUAUUGCCUCAAGUGUGUACCAUUCUUCUAAAGGGAAAUGGAGAAAGUAUUUAAGAUGGGCCGACUACACUAUGAUAGCUACAGCUACAGUGUGCUUAUCAAGGGCUCUUAGGGAAGAAAACCCAAAACUGCUGAUGGCCGUGUCUGCCUUGUGUCUUCCUAUUCAGCCACUCAUGGUUUCAGCUGUUCAUACUGGAAUGAUGGAGGUUGCAUUUGCACGACGAGCAGUCAAAGAUCCCGAACUUAAACUUGUGCACAACGUUCACAAGUUGUCAGCACUUUUAGGUGGAGCGUUCUUUGUGGCUGAUGAUCUCUUUCCUGAGAUCCCAUAUCUUCAUGCCGGUUGGCAUCUAGCUGCUGCUAUUGGCGUUGGGGCUUGUAACAAGCUUCUUGAGUAGCAUAAUCCUAAUUUGUCGAAAUGGCCUUUUAGUUUCAUUAUUAGGGGUGUUUCCACGUAUCCGUGGAUCAUAGAACCCAUCAUUGAGACAUUGAUUAAAGAUUUAGUAUAGACAAGAGCUCUUGUCAAUUUGUUACUCGGGUUAAAUUAUUAUGUAAGUAAAUGAAAGUUUAUUAGUGUAA